GUGGAAACAUUGCUUCAAAGUCUCGAUGCGUCUGAAGAUACUACAGCUGCUAAGCGUGUUGCCUUGAUGUUGAAGGAAGUCUCCGUUGCAGCUCCUGAUCUAGGUCGCGUUAUGGUGAAGACCCUACCGCGAGCCAUUAUCAACACCUUUGGAUACGACCAAGCUCAAUGGCUUCGAAAACGCCUUCCGGCCUCUUUGUUUGGCGCCAAGACUGUCGCGCAAAAACGUAUUCUUCACAAUGUCAGCGGUAUCGUGCAAUCUGGGGAAAUGCUUCUGGUGCUUGGGCGACCCGGGAGUGGUUGCUCGACUUUCCUCCGCACUACCGCGAACCGCUCGACCCUCGCUGUGAAGGGAGACCUUGAGUUCGCUGGAAUUCCGCACAACAAGUUCUAUGAGAAGCACCGUAGAGAGACGAUCUAUCUACCAGAAGAAGACAACCACAUCCCUUCACUGACCGUUCGGCAAACUCUCGAAUUUGCUUUGCGUAUGAGUCUACCAAAGACAAAGCACGGCCGAGAUGUUCCACCGUUGGCCAUAACGCUUGCAAGCAUGUUUGGGCUAGAUGGCGUCCUGGACACUGCCGUGGGUGGGGGCUCAAUUCCUGGAAUAUCCGGCGGGGAGCGCAAACGCGUUUCAAUCGCCGAAGUGCUUGCAUCCGGAUCUUCUCUCCAAUGUUUCGACAACAGUACCAAAGGACUAGAUUCUUCCACUGCUUUAGACUUUGUAAAGGCAUUGCGCACUCUCACCGAUGUCGCUCAGAAGACAACUCUCGCAACUCUCUACCAAGCCGGAGAGAGCAUAUAUCAGACAUUCGACAAGGUCAUUGUGCUUGACCAAGGUCAUGAAGUCUUCUUUGGUCCGAUCAAUGCGGCAAAGGCAUAUUUCGAAGAGCUUGGUUAUAUCCACGAGCAGGGUCAAACAACGUCUGAGUGCCUCACAGCAGUGACAGACCCAUUGCGAAGACGUUCCCGUCGAGGAACGCUGGCUGCGGAGAUACGAACUCCUCAAGAUCUAGCAGAGGCAUUUCGUCGCUCUAGCGCAUUCGCCAGUUUGCAGUCAGAAAUAAGAGAGUUCGAAAAGACGAAAGGGGAGUCGAACUUAGUCGCGAGCUCCACCAUCAAUCGGUCAUACCCUGCCCAAGUUUUCGAAUGCCUACGUCGAGAAUUUCAGCUCGUUAAUGGCAAACGCAAGAUCCAGUACCAGAAAUGGAUCAACACUACGGUUCUCUGCCUCAUCGUUGGCAGCGAGUAUUUUGACAUCUCGACUGACUCUGUUGGCGCCUUCACACGAGAGGGAGUAGUUUUCUACACUAUUAUUGCGAACGCAUGGAUGCAGUAUCCGGAACUGUUCGACGCUCACUCCAAUCGGCCGGUGUUGGAACGUCAGUCGAGUCUGAACAUGUACCGUGCAAGCGCAGUAGCAAUUGCGAGAAUCCUCGUUGAUAUACCUCUUAUUGGAAUUCAGCAUGCGUGGUUCAUGGUGGCUUUCUACUUUCUCACCCAUCAUUCUGUGCAAUACACGGCGGGCGAUUUCUUCUACUUCUACCUGGUCCUUUGGCUUUCGACCCUGAACUUUGCGAACUUGCUUCGCAUGUUUGCAUACUAUGUCCCCAGCAUUGAGGAUUGCUUUCGAUUUGGAGGUAUCGCGUCCACCACAACGGUAUACUUCGCCGGUUUCCUCAUCCCAAUCAACAAGAUGGAGCCUAUAUGGUCAUGGAUCCAUUAUAUCAGUCCUGCGAGAUAUACUUACGAAGCGCUCAUUACGAACGACUUCAGAACUGUGGAUAUUGCAUGUUCCAAUUCACUUAUACCCAAACUAUCGCAGCUGAAGUCCGCCAACCAAGUGUGUCCGAUUCGAGGGGCGCAACCGGGGCAGGUCAACGUGCCCGGCCUUCAAUAUGUCGAGUCAUUCGGAUUUAGUUACUCCCAUAAGUGGCGUAACGUCGGAAUCCUGAUUGCAUUCUCGGUCGCGUAUAUGUUUGUCGGGGUCCUCGGAAGUGAGAUUAUGCACUUCAGCGCUCAAGGCGGAAUACCAGUUGUUUAUACCCGGAAAGAGAAAGAUCCCGUUGAUACUCCUAUGCGGGAGAAAGACGUCGAGAAAUCAGCUGCGGUUGUUGCUCUAUCCCUAGAGAAAGAGGCUCCAGACUCCGCUAGUAACACAUAUACUGCGGGUCCAAGCUUGGUGUGGAAGAACUUGACUGUCAAUCUUGGCGAAAAGACAUUGCUCAACAGUGUCUCGGGCUAUGUACGACCGGGAGAUCUCAUAGCCCUAUGCGGCGCGAGUGGUGCUGGUAAAACAACACUCCUUACGCAUCUGAGCCUGACGAAUGGCGCGGGAAAUCUUACUGGGGACCUCGAAUUCGGUAACAAGCCUCUAGGGAAAUACUUUAAGAAGAUCUCAGGCUUUGCUCAGCAAUCCGACAUGCACGAUGGAUCUGCUACCAUUCGUGAAGCUUUCGAGUUCUCUGCCUUAUUGCGACAGUCAUCAAUAUACUCUAACCAAGAGAAGCUGGCGCAUGUGGAUCAUGUGCUCGAAGUUCUGGACUUGAAACAUUUGCAGCAUGCCGUGAUUGAGUCGGGACUUGGGGUAGAACUUUCGAAGCGUAUCACAAUUGGAGUCGAGUUAGCAGCUAGGCCCAAGAUUCUCUUUGCAGAUGAACCAACAUCUGGGCUCGACUCUCAAGGAGCCGCAAGUAUCAUCAACUAUCUCAAGCAACUAUCAAGAGAUGGACAAGCCGUACUCGUCACAGUUCAUCAACCCUCUGCCUCCUUGUUCCGUCUCUUCGACAAAGUCCUUGCACUGUCAUCAAAUGGCGAAGAGAUCUACUUCGGACCUAUAAGAAACCUCAUUUCGUACUUUGAGGUUCAUGGAGCUGUUGCUCCACCGGAUGUGAAUCCUGCAGAGUUCGUGCUUGAUACCAUCGGUGCUGGCAUUGGCGGCAAGUCGGGAACUCUGGCCGGUGACUGGUCUGAGAAAUGGCGAAAGUCUUCCCAUUCGCAACAAUUACAGUCCGAUAUUGACCACAUAAGAGCUGAGGGUGCUGUAUGGGGCGACACCGAUACCAUGCGCGCGUUCAAUACUUCUACACUGCUUCAAGUAAUACUCGUCACCAAGCGCAUGCUUUUCAAUCAGUGGCGUAAACCUUCGUAUAUCUACAGUAAGAUCUGGGUGCACGUUAUUCAAGCCAUUCUUAUCGGCUUUACGUUCUUCAACUUGGGCACUUCCCCAGUAGACCUACAGAGUCGUUCAUUCGGGGCAUUCGCACUUAUCUUUCUCGUGAACACCAUCGUGAACCCUAUUCUCGCUCGGUUCUUUGGGAAUCGUCUUUUAUGGCAGGUUCGCGAAGGACCAUCCCGAGCAUACGGCUGGGUGGCAUUAUGCACCUCAUCAAUCCUUGCCGAGUUGCCGGCCAUUGUCCUCACUGGAACUGUAUACUUCUUGUUAUGGUACUUCUUGAGUGGGCUUCCAUUUGGGGAGUCAGCCAUCUACGUCUUCAUCUUGAUCAUGACCUAUGAGGUCUUUGAGAUGACGUUCGGACUUUUAGUUACGGCCGCAAGUCCUGAUUUGAAGUUUGCGGGUCUGGUGCUGGUUUUCCUGGUGACGACUUUCAAUUGGUUCAAUGGUGUGGUCGUGCCAUAUGCACAGAUUCAAGUCGCAUGGAGAUAUUGGGUCUAUUAUCUCAACCCUUUGACUUACCUCUUUGGAGGCCUCAUCAUCGCGGUCAAUGCCAACCAGCACGUACUCUGCGACUCCGAAGACCUGUUCAGGUUUCCGCCACCGCCCGGCCAGACUUGUGGCAAUUACGCUGGGGCGUGGGCUCGUCUUACGCAAGCUAAUCUGACGAACCCGGAAGCUACCAACGAGUGCCAAGUAUGCCAGUACAUCAACGGCAACCAAUACUUGGAUGGCUUUAAUCUGAAUAGUGGCAUGCUGGCAAACAACAUCUGGGCUUAUUGGGCUGUCUUCGUGCUGUUCACGGCGGCAAAUGUUGGCUUCUUUUAUUUCUUUACUUGGGCCAGGAGUGUGAAGAAGUGGAAAGUUUUCUAUUUCUUGUAGCGAG